AUAUAUUUGAAGCUGUUUUGUUCGGUUCAGGGGGGCGCUAGCCCCCUAAAUUUGGUACCGUUGCAUGUAAAAUUUUGUCCUCUUUCGAAUGACGUGCAUUUUUAGCUGUUUUGACGGCUAGAAGUAGGGUUUUCAAAGUUCGUCGAUUGUGCCCUGAGGGCAUACUGUUUUUUGGGAUUUGUGGCCCCCCUGAUGGAUUCCCCGCAUUUUGGCACUAGGAUUUUCGAUAGAGGACACCAUUCUGCACCUCUCCACCAAAAUUCAGCGAAAUCGUAGGGGCCGUCGAUCCCUGCUGAAUCCCUGCUGAACCCCUGCUGAAUCCCUGCUAACUUCCGUUACAUAUUACGCAAGGCCCUCGAAUUACGUGUGAAAUUCCUACUGAAAUUUGUGAUUUAGUGAGGAGGCAUCAUAAUGCGGUAAUAAAGUUUAUCAUGGAUGAACUCGAUUCCAGUAGAUCUCGCCUCACUGACCCAGAGAUCAUCUCAGAGUUUGUGCUUCGGCUGAAACAGCAAGUUUUAGGGGAUCAUAACGUGAAAGCUGAAAGCCUUGGCCAUUCUCGCCAGGGAAGCACUCUUCAGGGACAGUCUUCUUUCCCAUUAGAGCUGCAUCAAAUCAGCUCUCCUGGCAUCGGUCCGACUGAUGGACAGGCAUCUGACCAACAGGUUUCUCCACAGCUAGCUUGUUACAAUGAAGCUGCAGCAGACCACUUGGAAGCACUCCAACAGCCUGAGCCACAGGUUCUCAACCCAGAGGUCCAGAGCAUUGCUAACCAUGAACAUCCACAAUCACCAAGCAGCAGUGGUGGAUCCAUUGACCUGUGUGCAGAGAUCAUGGCAGGGCAUGCCCUGAAGGCUGCUUGCAGGGAACCAUUGACUGCUUCUCGGACCGAGGGUGAGUUACGUCAAGCUCCACAUCUCCAUACCUUUUUGAUAAAUGCAAGAAGCAACAUGCGCACUCGACUGCCAGGGAAAGUGGCUACAUCCCCAGAAUCAGCUGAGACACAUCCUUCAUACCAGGAGAAGCUGCAGUUGCGAGCUGUUGAGAGGAAAGCACGCCAGCAGGAGGUCCGCCGUCGCCGACAGGAGCGUGAGGCGGCCAAUAGGGAGGCCGAACGACUACGGCAUGAGGAGUUUCAGCGUCAACUCACCCUUGAGCGGCAGCAGCAGCAGGAGCAGCUGCGUCAGCGGCGGCUGCGCCAGGAGGAGCAGCGGCGCCGCCAGCUGCGCGGUCAGCAGCUGCUCCAGCAGCGGCACCAGAUAGCCGACGAGUUCCGGCGACACGCGCUGGUCCGACGCGUGUUCCGCGCCCUGGUCCGAUACGCACAGCGGUGCCGCGAUCUGGAGGCGUCUGCCGAGCGGUGGGCGCGCUCCACUCUGCUGAGCCGCUGUCUGCACCGCUGGCGCCACCACCGGGCUCUGCUGGCUGCUGAGCGCGAGGAGGCGGCCCGGGACUGGUACCGCACCCGGCUCACCGCCUGGGCACUCGGACGCUGGCGAACGUACGUGCACCAGCAGCAUCUGAAGGCGCAGGCGGCCUCCGACCUGUGUCAGCUGCAGCGUCUACAGGCGGCUCUCCGCACGUGGCAGGCCAGCCUGGCGCUGGGACGCGUCCGGCGCCGGCAGCAGAUGCAGCGCGCCGCUCUCUGUGACGUCAGACUGACGUGUGCCGGCGUGCUGCGCCGCUGGAGGCGACUGCCGGAAGCCCUGGAGCAGGAGCGUGCCAUCGAGGCCCGCAAGGAGCGGCUGCGCAGGAUUGUGCGCGAGAUGGUGCCCGACUUCCAGCCACCGCCGCCUACAGGCGUGGAGCAGUCUGUCUGAGACACGACUAUGGUGGAGCAGUCCGGCUGAGACCGGGCUGUCGCACAGCAGUUCGUGAGUGUAACUGCGCUCUGGCAAAGUUGUCCGUCCUUGGGACAGGCUACCGAAUGCCGUGUAGCAGCCCGUCUGAGCCUGAGUAACCUGAAUCACAACUCGUCCGUGAAUGAGACAGGAAUUUUCCGUCCAAGUUCAGGCUGGUGGAGUUUGUUUCAAGCCGACUUAUGGACUGGGUUUGAGUAAGAGCUGGCGAUGAUCUCGUUUUGUGCCGUCCCAGAGGUAGUCAGUAGUUCCAGUAGGUGUAGCGAUGAGACACGCUUUUUAGUCAACGCUAAUCAACAAUGAUGUGCUUCCUUUCAUCGAGAUUUCGACACCGAUCAAGCAUUACCGUCCAUCACGCAUUUCAUGUUCAAUUUUGUAUCGCGUGAGCGCGAGGGAGAUUCCUAGUCAGGGCUGUUCACGUAAAUACGCUUCCUGUUCUGCUACGAGCUUCCACAGUCACUAGUCACAUGCUGUUCCUUACAUGUUUCAUGUUCUCAUUUUGUAUCGUGCAUUUCCGACCAACGACUCGUUCAUCAUGCACAUCGUCGAUUUUUACAGAGUUCUCUGUAAUUUAUCAUUGAAAGUGCGGUUAAUACACAACCACGUUUGUCAAUUCAA